AUGAGGUUCCUUACCAGUACCCUCACCGCAGUUUCUGUGGCCUUUGCGGCCGUUGCUGGAGCUUCUUCCGGAGACGACCCCUUCUCUCAUGAUUGCAAGCAUACAAGUAGCAGCAUACAAACAGAGCUGGGACCCCGCCUCUCCCCUAAUGCAACCAUUGACUUCAGGUGCGACAACAGCACGCUGUUCAAGGAGCUCACCCAUCGCUACAGCACCGUAGAUCCCGGGCUCGCCGCCUUUGUUAGUGUCGGUGCGGGGGAGGAUGUCGGCGAGAUUAUCAAGUAUGCACUCGAAACCGACCGCCAGGUCCUCGCUGGGAACCGCCGUCAUGGGUGGUCCAAGUCGCUUAACCGCGUCAAGGACGCAAUCAUGAUCGACAUCUCCACUCUUCUCGAUAUCGAUAUAGACACCGCCGGAAACACAGUGACUGUCGGCGGGGGUGUCAAUAUUGGCGAGAUCAUGGCCGCGCUCCAGGCUGUUGGAAAGGAGACUCCAACCGGUGGCUGCGACUGCGUCGGGCUCCUCGGUGCGACACUCGGCGGAGGUCACGGUCGUCUCCAGGGCCUUCACGGCCUCAUGAUCGACAACCUCCUCUCAGCACAGCUCACCAUCGCUACCGGCGAGAUCAUCACCGUCUCAAACACCUCCAACCCAGAGCUCUUUUGGGGUCUGAGAGGGGCCGGCCAGAACUUUGGUAUAAUCACAGAGGCCACCUACCGGAUAUAUGAUGCGACCAACGGAGGCGUACAGUUUAUGGCCAAUAUCAUCUACGACACCACGCUACUUCCGGAGGUGUUUGAGGCGUUAAACAACUAUGAAGUCCCAGCUGAGACUACUAUCCUAGUUGCAUUCUUUGUCGAUCCGGUGACCAUAGAGCCACAAUUGUUUGUGAAUUUCGUCUCUUCCAUUCCUGAAGCCGCUGCCCGCGCUCAGUUUAAGUCGGUGUUUGGCCACAUCCCGUACCUCUCCAUGACCGACAAGGUACUGCCAUGGGCCAGCGCCAACGGCGCGAGUAUCAGCCAGCCCGCCUGUGAAAGCCGCGCCCGAAAGGAGCUAAGCGGUGUGUCGACAAAGGGGUGGCAUCUCCCAUCGAUCCAGUUAGUGUACGAAAAGUUCGUAGAGUUCGUUUCGGAUCCUGCAUGGGCGGGCGCGGUGGUCGUCUUCGAGUCGUACCCUGUGAAGGGUGUUCAGGCUGUGCCGGCAGAGACCACGGCCUAUCCGUGGCGUGACGAGACCGGUCUCGUUCUCUUGAGUAUCUCGUACAAGAACGCCACGCUGGAUGGAGCGGCGGAUGACUGGGUCAAUGAGGUCAUGGCGAUUCUGCAUGCCGACAGCGGCUUCGAUAGGCCGGCAGUGUACAUGAACUACGCAAAGGGCACGGAGGGCUUCGGCGCUGUUUACGGGUAUGAGAAGUGGCGGCAGGCGAAGUUGAAGGAUUUGAAGAGAAAGUGGGAUCCAAGCUGCAUGUUCAGCGGGUACAAUCCGAUACCGAUCCACUGUGAGGCGUAA